GAGAAAGUGAAAGUACACUCGGAUGCAACAACUGGUCGUGGUCAUAUUUAAACUUUAAACUCAAAUACUGAAUUAAUUAAUUUUGAUUUAAUUAAUUUAUCUCAAUGUUUCUUGGUCAAAAUUUCACAAAGGAAGAUUUUCUUCCCAAAAAGCCACCAUGUAAAAAGGUUGUAAAGAAAAAGAAGAAACAGGGCGAUCAAAUGGUGUUUUUACCUCCAGAGAUCAUCGCGAAAAUCUGGGAUUAUCUCUCCCUCGCCGACUUAAAGAUAGCUCGUAGAGUAAACUCCACCUGGAAAAGUUGGAGUUGGGAGAAAUUUACAACGCUUGCUAUGCGAUCUUUAACCUACGACAGCGCAGUCACUUAUCACUACUACGUGACUUAUCCUUCCGAUCUAGAUGCUAUAUCCGCGUUCAAAAUCGACAUAUCCAAAAGGGUCCAACUUGUCGCAAGUGCUUCCUCGCCCGGGCAAAUCAUCACUUUUCCACCCGAAUUCACCUACCGAAUUAUGCCCAUCUUAUCACAAGCUCUCAGUGUUAAACGACUCGAUAUGAAGAUCGGGUCUGACAUCAGUACAAAAUUUAUCUCUCCAUCCGAUGUCGACGAGUGGACAAAGUUGUGUCGCAAAGUUUUCGACGUGUCGCCCAGUCUGGAAGAACUUUGCCUUGAAGUUCCCGUGCUGCCUAGUUUUUCCUGGUUUCCGGUCGAAGAGAGGUUGACAUGCUUAAAGAUAUUGCGACUUGACAUACUUCCGGCCACGUCGGAAUGGGGGAAUGACGCCAUGGCGAAAAUAAUCAUGGAGGAGACCCCCAACCUGGUGACGUUUACUUCAUCAUAUUUUGGAACCGGACUGCACACCAGUAUUUUAAAGUUGUUAACUGGAAGUGACGAAUUUUGGCCAAAAUUGACAAAUAUUGGGUGUCCCCGGAAACAGAGGAGGGAAGGGUAUUGGGGAUGGCGAAAUACGACAGAUCUUGACCUUUUGGCACAAGUUCAGCGAAAAUGGAAGCAAAUUUAUUUUGGGAGGAUAUCAACGAACCAGUUGGAGCAGGUAAAAGCUGUGUUGGAAAAGCACUGUGAAACUGUUGAGCUUAUCGAGCUGAAUCCUGUGUUAUCGCUACGACUCGUACCGAUGGAAUUGCCGAGGAUGCCAAAUCUGAAAAAGUUGGCGAUUUGGGAGUACGAUGUGUCCGAGUAUGAGUUGUAUAGUUUGUUCAGUCAGAUUUACAAGAUGCCGAGGGGUGUGGUGGAACAAAACGUGGCCCCGUGCAAUGACUGGUCGAGGGAGAAGUUGGACUUUUUCAACUUGUUCGACUUGUUCGGGGACAGUGAAAAAUUUAAGGAUCGAUUCCCAUCCCUGCACACUUUAAUAUUCACUGUGCCAUCCGGUCGGUACAAGAGUUACGUGUACAAUGCAAUCUUUCCAAAAAAGAAAAUAGCAAGUUUAAAGCAGAUUUGUUACCUGAAUGUCACUUACCCGGACCCAUUUGGCAGCACUAAUGCGAACAAAAGGGCUCAGCGACUCCUGAAAAUGUUCCCCAAUGUUCAUAAUAAGGAAAUGAACCGAUUGAGGAAGGAGUUGUACAAUUCGUGAUGAAUAUUGUUGGGUGAUGAAUAUUAUUAAGUGUUUAUUCUAAUUAUAAGAAAGUAUGUAAUCCGCAUUAAUGGUAUGGUUAUUUUAUUAGUGUCCAAUAGUGGAGUAUUGGACUUCCUUGAUCGAAGAUAGAAUAAAGAAUUACAUUAUUUUCUUUAUCGUCAUUGUGCAAUGUAAAGAUGUCAUAUUUUCCUGUUCCUAAGUACGUAUGUAUUUGCAUAAAAUGUCGAAUGUGCGCUUAAGAUUAAAUAUUACACCGUAGAAAAAAGAGGGUCUGGGGAUUUUGACGUCUUCGGUUGAGCUUAAAAUAUCUAAGAAAUUUGUUUCUUCAUUUGACCAAUUUUAUCCUUUUGUAGCUGUGAUACCUUAGAUGCCUCAUUUUAAGCUCAUAUGUAUGUAUGCAAGUACAUACAUAAAAUGCACAUGUACACGUUAGCAAGAGCAUUGCUCUUAGAGCACUUGACCUACUUGAUAAUAUUUAAAAUCAGAGAUUUUAUACCACGAAAUUCUAUUCGUUGUGAUUUAUUACACAUGCAUUGCACAAAAUUUAAAAUCAAAAUAACAAAUUCACUCAAUAUUUAUCAAAGCGAUUAUAUUUUAAUAGCGCUAUGCAU